CCCAGAGUGGCCAGACGGGUUGGGGGACACAGGAUGGCAGAGCUAGUAGGAGUAACUAACGGGACAUGCGGACGGAGUGAUUUCUUCUAAUAUUUCAAGUUCUGUCUGAGGCCUCGCCAUGCCGCUGGUGAAGAGAAACAUCGAGCCGCGCCACCUCUGCCGGGGGGCGCUGCCGGACGGCAUCGGCAGCGAGUUGGAGUGCGUGAUGAACAACACCUUGUCUGCCAUCAUCCGCCAGCUCAGCAGCCUGAGUAAACAUGCAGAGGACAUAUUUGGCGAACUGUUUAACGAGGCCAACAAUUUCUACCUGCGCGCCAACUCUCUGCAGGACCGCAUCGACCGGCUCGCCGUCAAAGUCACACAGCUGGACUCCACAGUGGAGGAAGUUUCUCUGCAAGAUAUCAACAUGAGGAAGGCCUUUAAGAGCUCCACCACUCAAGACCAGCAGGUGGUGUCCAAGAGCAGCGUUCCCAACCCGGUUAAAGAGAUGUACAACCUGAGCGACAAGCCGCCACCGCUCACCAUCCUCACGCCUUACAGAGACGAUCACAAGGAAGCCCUUAAAUUUUACACGGACCCCUCCUACUUUUUUGACUUGUGGAAAGAAAAGAUGCUGCAGGACACGGAGGACAAAAGGAAAGAGAAGAGGAAGCAGAAGGAGCAGAGGCGCUGUGUGGAUGGGACUCUGCAGAGGGAGGUCAAGAAGGUCCGCAAAGCGAGGAACCGUCGGCAGGAGUGGAACAUGAUGGCUCUGGACAAGGAGCUGAGGCCAGACCACCGGCACACAAUUCACAGAGACAGAGCCGCCUCCUCUGAAGGAUCUAUGUCGCCAGAAAACAGGGGUCACAGUGUGGAUCAGCAUCACUACCCCAACAGCAUGAACCACGCCGGACACGCCCACACCUACUCCGGCCCCCCGCCCAGCAUCCUGGCCGCCCAAAUGGCCGCAGGACACGCCCCCCGGGGGGGAGGCGAGCAAGACAGCAGAGGCAGGACCAUGAUGGCCUACCAGGGCGGGACGCUGGGCCGCCCGCACCACCACCAAGCCCCUCUGCCUCCUCCACCAGCUGAGGCCAUGAACGGUGGCUCUAUGUCUCUGCCACCAAUGGACUACAGUAUGAACGGCUACGCCAACACCGGCCCUCCCCCGCCGCCCCCCGCACCCGUCAUACCUUCUGCACAGACGGCCUUCGCCUCACCACCCGGCGGCCCCAUGUCCCCCGGCCCCAUGGCCGUCAUCUCCGUCGGCGGCUACGCUCCGCCUCCGCCACCUUUAUCUGGAGCUCAAGUGGCUCCGCCUCCUCCCGGCCCCCCGGGGCCACCGCCUCCACCCGUCCCAGCUGGUGCCUCCCACUCCACGUCCUACAAGAUGUCUUCCGCGGCGAAGGCUGAGAACGCGGCGGUCAACGACGCUCGCAGUGACCUGCUGGCUGCUAUACGCAUGGGCAUCCAGCUGAAGAAGGUGCAGGAGCAACAGGAGCAGCAGGCUAAGAGAGAGCCUGUCGGGAACGACGUGGCCACCAUCUUGUCGCGCCGCAUCGCCGUCGAAUACUCCGACUCGGAGGACGACUCGGAGCUGGAGGAGAACGAUUGACGCAACACACACCUGGCUGCAGGACUUCGGUUGCCAUCGCAACAGUGCUGCUAUGAAGGGAGUUGCCAAGGAAACAGAAGAGCGCAUAAAAGGAGGGCAGUGAGCCAUGACGAGGAUGGAAAAUAAACACUGGUUAGAACAAAAACACAACAAAAAAAAAAAACAUCAGUGGAGGCAGGAGUUUUAUGCACAGCACAUGUUUGUCUUUAAUACAAAAUUAACAAGAUUUCUCAGUGGAGUGCACUAACCAAAGCAAUAAAAAGUACAUCUAACACCUUGGAAAAAUAGACGCCACGUUCACAUAAACAUUUUUUUUUUUUUGUUGUCUUUUACAAUAUUUCAGUUAGGUUAGUGCAGGUUGAUUAUCAUUAAUACGUUUCGUUUUGCAGAUAAAUUAUUCGUUGUGCCAUUUUCACCCCCCAAAAAAUAAAGUGCAUUUCACAUUCAAAAUUACGUCUACACAAGAUGCUGUUACUGUGACUUCAACCUCAUCUCCAUAUUCAAAAAAAAAAAAAACAGCAACACACA